AUGCAAGCACUGAACGUGUGCGCAGAUCCAGCCUCCCACAUAGAGACUUCUUACCUACAGCUUCCUCCUGCACUCUCUCCAUCCAGCCCGGGACAUCAGAAACCACCAACGCUGCCAGAAUUGGUGCCCUUGAUUUGGAAAGGGCUGGUAGGGGUCGGACUCUUUGCCUUGGCACAUGCGGCCUUCUCAGCAGAUCAGCAUCGUUCUUAUAUGCAGUUGACUGAAAAGGAAGAUGAGACUUUACCAAUAGAUAUCAUUCUACAAACCUUGCUGGCAUUUGUAGUGGCCUGCUACAGCAUAGUUCACAUUGCGGGAGAGUUUAAAGACAUGGAUGCCACUUCAGAAUUACAAAAUAAGGCAUUAGAUACUUUAAAGAACCAUCCCUCAUUUUAUGUCUUCAACCACAGAGGGCCGGUAAUGUUCCAGUCCCCAGACACAAAAGAUUUCCAACAAAAUCAAGCUGCUUUUACGUCUAACGCACCACUGAAGCUACGAAAGUUAGAGUCGCUGCAACGUUAACAAAAGGUUUUUACAGAUGA